ACUAACACACUAACACCUGUGCAUCUUCGCAAAGCCAAGCUGAUGUUCUUUUAUACGAGAUAUCCUAACUCAGCCCUACUUAAGGUAUAUUUUCCUGACGUGAAGUUCAACAAGAAUAAUACAGCUCAACUGGUAAAAUGGUUCAGCAACUUUAGUCUAAUUAACACCACAAAAAAUUAUUUGAAAAUAGUGUAA